UGCGCCGCAACUUUCCAACCUUUCCAACUACCAACUACCAACAUUAUAACCACGAGACACGUAUCGAACGUGCGAACCGCGAGCCGAAAAUUAGGAACCUUUGUAGCUAAACCUAGCCGGUAGCUUGGGAUGAUUAUUUAUUUCCGAUAUCUACAGCUCGGCAUAUUCUUGACCUUCUCCUCUCUUACAAGUUCUACAAGUGGUUACUUGAAUCGACGGUCCUCAUGGCUUUGAAAAUACGGGAGUUCUAGAAGAAACCCAAUAUGUCUGGUCGAAGGCUUGGUGGAGGGAGGAUACUUGGUAGCGGAAAAGGAUUGGCCCCUCCAGCGCCUCCUGCUAUACAGAGGGAGAGAGCUGCUAGCCCCUCUGCUCCGUCCGACAGCACCUUAUCCUUCGGCUCUCCCGCUACGUCCAUUUCCCCCGGAACGCCGAGCCCCCUAGCCAGCUUUGCGCAGGAUGUCACAUCCAACAUAAGCCUAGGAGGGCCAAGUACCGGCGGCCAGUCGGGCUCCAGGCUCGUAUGCCCCAUAUGCGAGGAGGAGAUGUUAACCCUUUUGCAAUUAAACCGUCAUAUCGAUGAUGUCCAUCAGGAGCUACCUGAAUUCGAACAGGACGAAGUCAAGUCCUGGAUAGACAAGCAGGUCCUCAAAGCCAAGAAAUUCCAGCCCCUUUCUCUUAUUAACCAGAAGCUUCGCGGUCUUGAAGUCUUCGAGUCCAACGAAUCGCUUCCGCCCCCUGCGCCUGUCGCUAGCAGGGCAAGCAAGGGCCCCAUUUCCGAUUCGCCGCUAGAUCCCGACGAUAUAAUCACAAAAGCUCACUGGCAGAGACAGGGCUUAAACGAUCUAUGUACCGAUCCGGCUUGUGGGAAGAGAUUAGGAGCCGUCAAUGGCAGCAUAAACUGCAGGCAAUGCGGGAGACUAUUCUGCGAGGAGCAUACCAUGUAUCAGAUGAAAUUGUCAAGGUCAGCCUCGCACGAGCCUGUGAGGGGUUACUGGUAUAGAGUAUGUGAAACGUGCUACAAGUCGAGAGAAGGAUAUAACGAUCACAACGGGCUGAUAAGGGAUCACACGCAAGAAUUUGCAGCGAUACGGAGGAAGAAAGUCGACAGGCAAACCUUAGAGAUAUCGCGACUAGAGAAAAGGCUUACCAAGCUGACCCAAUUGCUUGCUCAGCUACCUGAAGAGGCAGGGUUAAGUAGUAGCGGUGCCGGUUUGCUAUCUCCUCUAGCUGCUCAGAGGAAUCAACGGAAAGCGAUCGAACAGUCGAUCGUGACGUGGGAAGAGGACGGGAAGGUUCCAAAAUGCCGAUUCUGCAAGCAGGAGUUUACUUGGACGUUCAGAAGGCAUCAUUGCCGAAUAUGUGGCCUGGUAGUGUGCGCAGAUCCCCAAACCGAUUGUUCAUCCGAGGUCGGCCUGAACGUCGCAAACUCGUCUCUUUCUUCAUCAGAAAAACCGGGAGGAGGACGCUCCAUAAGUAUUGAUAUCCGCAUGUGUCGUGAUUGCAAGUCUACAAUAUUUUCGAAGCGGGACUUUAUUGAAUCUGUUGUGCACAAACCGCCCGACCAACGGGCGUACGAGACCCUGAAACAGUUUGAGAGAGGUAUUCAGCUCAUUCUACCUACUUUCCAGAGGACUCUUCUGCCGCUGCAGGAUGAGAAUAAUCCGCCGACUCAUGCGCAGAUCCAAGAGGCGUCCAAAAUUAGGAAGCGACUUACCGACAGCUUCACUAAAUACGACGUGGCAGCUCGGCGGAUCCGUGAUAUGAAAACCGACAGCCCGACGCAGCGACAGUUGCAAAAGGCUAUACACCAAGCUGCGUCAGCAUUCUUGCACAUGCAUAUGCUGUCGCUUAAGAAUGUGCCGCGGAUGCUAAAACAUAACAGCUCCAGCUCUAGCUCCGGUAAGGGCCGUCUGGUUCCUAAUGGCCAUGUAGCCAGCCCGCUACGUAACGGUAUCGAUAGGCUCGAGACGGCCAGCCAGACUAGCGAAGCUAGCACGGCGGUGUCCGCGCUGGAAACGGAGGAAAAGGAGCUGCGCGAGCGGUUAAUCGUUCUAGAAGAACAGAGGUACAUGGUGCAAACCAUGAUCAGCGGGGCGCAGGGCGCGAGGCGGUUCGAGGAAGUAAGCGCCCUGACGCGGAACGUGGAAGAACUAGAGACGGAGAUCGAGAGCGUCAAGAGCAAAGUCGCGGCUGUUGAGGAGAGGUGGCAGGAUGUCUACGCGAACGGCGGACCCGGGUCGGUCUUGUAAAGUGUUUUGUAAAGUGUCUUGUACUCGAAUUGAUGGUGAUAGAGGUGCCUAUCAAGGAAGGAGUUCGUUGAGGAGCGGGAGAUAUCCAUCUCACGUGUCCUAGGAAACCCUACCUAAACACGGGAUUGACUGUGAGAACUUGCUUUUCUGGUGAAGACUUGGCUUCCUUUCUGGACGGACUUGAAUUACUGCAUAGCAUUGGCAUGGCGUUGGUUGGAUAGGAGCUGCCUAGUAUUUGUAUCUACGGGGGUGCUGUUGUUUU